CUGCCGUUGCUUUAAAACCAGCGCCGCCUCACCUCAUGCAAAGCUCCCAAGCGAUCUUCCGAGAGCUACAGCUGAUCAGGCAAUAGGCAUCCGACCCGACGCGACGCAAGCAAGGAACCGCGCACCGCCGGCCCAUGGCGACGGCGGCGCCCGCGCGGCACCGGACGUGCCGCAUGUACUGGUGCUACCAGUGCGCCCGCGCGCUCCGCAUAAUCUCCUACCCGUCCACCGACGUCUUCUGCCCGCGCUGCUUCGGCCGCUUCCUCCACGAGAUCGACGCGCCGCCGCGCCCCGCCGCGUUCCCGCCGCCGCCGCACUUCCUCCCGCACCCGUUCCACCCGCAGCACCAGUACGACGGCCACCCGCGCCGCUGGGUCAUAUACGGCGGGGAGCCGGCAACAGUACCAGGCCGCGCGUUCCGGCAGCCCGCUCCGGCUCCGUCGCCUGCACCGGCGCCGCCUCGGCGGCGCGUGCCCUCCCCGCCGCCGCCGGUGCCGCGGAGGCCGUCCACGCCGCCGGCCUUCGACCCCGGGAACUACUUCACGGGGCCGAACCUGAACAACCUCAUCGAGGAGCUCACCCAGAACGACCGGCCGGGUCCUGCGCCGGCGCCGCCGUCGGCCAUCGACUCGCUCCCGACGGUGCGGAUCACCGGGGCGCACCUGUCCGACGGCCCGCAGUGCCCCGUGUGCAAGGAGGACUUCGAGAUCGGGGAGGCGGCGCGGCAGCUGCCGUGCAAGCACGUCUACCACUCCGACUGCAUCGUGCCGUGGCUCCGCCUCCACAACUCCUGCCCGGUCUGCCGGUACCAGCUGCCCGGCGGCGGGGGCUCCUCCAACGGCAGCAGUCAGCAGGCCGCCGCACCUCGCGGCGGCACCAGGAACAGGGAGAGGGAGAGGGAGCCCCCGACGUUGGUGCGGUGGGGCCCGUUCUCGUGGCUGUGGCCGCCGCGGGAGCUGGACGACCCCGACGACGCGUGGGAGCACGGGCGGCGCGGCAGGCAGCACGACGCGGCCGACGCCGGCGCAUUCUACGCUUGGUGGCGCUCUCUGUUUCUCUUCUAACUGCUUCGAUGGAGACGUAAUCGUAUAUAUCCCAGUAAACUCUGCAGCUAUUCUGCCAGUUCGAUGUGAAUGGUGCAAAUCUGUUGUGAAGAUGUAAGCAUGCGCUCGUGUGAAAAUGAAGUGGAGUCCCGCUGUAAAUGGCGUGUAACUUGCACAUAGUUAAAGGAGCAUGCCAAAUUCAAGGCAGGCUCCAUGUACAGUUAAUGAUGAUGUAUCAUACAUCAUGGUAACACAAGUUUCUGAACAUGCAGCAGACGUUCUACGUGA